AAGUACACCAGGAGAGGAACAGGCAGGGCUUCUAUAAAGCCUAGGAGUUGAGGUUAGGAAGACUUUUUGUAGUGAGGAAAUCUGCAGUCACAUUCUGGGAGACUAGGAGCCUGUAACAAGUGUAUAGGGAGUAGUUUAGGGAAAGAGUAGUAAAGUCUGAGAGCAUAUAGACCUCAACAGCUGGUGUGAGGGUCACCAGACUGGAACCCAGAAUAGAGGGCAGACCUGGGUUCCCCUAUAGACUACUAGGGAAGUGGGGUAGCCAGUGUAGUGGAUACAGAGAUUGCCUGAGAUUUUUGUGGAGAGAGAAUCCGAUGGGACCCUAGAAAGGGAGGAUGAUAAUGACUUGGCCAAAGGGGCUAAGCCCCAAAGGAGAGGUGCUGCAGCUUUGGAUUAGCGAAAGAGGGGAGGGACUGCAGAGUGGCAGACUGAGGUAAUGGUCUGCACAACCACAGGUCAGAGUGUGGACAGUAGCAAGCUAAUCCUCCAGAUGCACCAAAAGGACGUGCUGCCAAGCGUGAAAGCUGGUGGGAUGAGGAUUGUGCAGAAACACCCGCACACCCCAGAUGCCAAAGAGGAGAAAGAUAAGGAUGACCAAGAGUGGGAGAGCAGCAGGAACAUAACUACAACAUUAAGCGAGGAGUUACUGUAUUGCAUUGUGGAUCUGCCUGGGAGCUGGAAGCCCAGGCUCCACAGCAGCCUGCCAGGAAAGCUGACAGAGAAGGCAGAGAGUUCUGAUGGAAGCCUGCCUGGGAAGAAGGUUUCUGUGGGAACCUGGUCUGCAAUUCCACAAAAAUUGAUUAAACCGGAACUGUUUUUGACCAGCUCUAGUUGGUAUGCACUCCUAUUUUUGAAAACUGUGGCCUGUAUAUAAAAAAAGUUUUACAAUAAAUUUCUUAAUGUAUUGAAAGUCUAAAUAACUUUUUAGCUCUGAAGCAGUAUGUUUUUGAAGUAACAGUUUUAAUGCUAGGUGUUUUUAAACAAUGCAGUUUUAGC